CUUUGGGCAGGAAGCUGCAAACAUGGGUUCAGGCCUUGUUUCCCAGAGCACGCGGCCUCUGCAGCAAGGAAGAGGGGGCCCAAGACGCAGCAGGACAGCUCGGCGUGCUCUCCAGCCUGUGCGAGCGCAGGGACAGGAGCGACUGGAGCCAGGAUUAGUAACCUCUUUAUGAAGCAUCUGAUUCGUGACCAAAGCUCUGUGGUCCUCGAGUAAAUGGCUCAGCUCCCUGCUGGCAUCCGCUUCAUCAUCUCAUUCUCCCGGGAUCAGUGGUACAGAGCCUUCGUUUUUAUUUUGACAUUUUUGCUGUACGCGAGUUUCCACUUAUCGCGAAAGCCUAUCAGCAUCGUUAAGGGUGAGCUCCACAGGUCCUGCGCUGCUGGGAAUGAGGAUGGAGCCAGAUUCAACAGCCAGAGCCAAAGGGCCAGUGACGUCCCCUCUCCCCAGCUCCCGGAGAACGAGACUGACUGUAGCUGGGCCCCGUUCGAUCAGGACAACUACCAGCAGCUGCUCGGGGCCCUGGACUACUCCUUCCUGUGCGCGUAUGCCAUUGGCAUGUACCUGAGCGGCGUGAUCGGGGAGCGCCUGCCCAUCAGGUACUACCUGACUUUCGGAAUGCUGGCCAGCGGCAUCUUCACGGCCCUGUUCGGGUUAGGGUAUUUCUACGACAUCCACAGUUUUGGAUUCUACGUGGUAACGCAGAUCAUCAACGGGCUGGUGCAGACCACCGGCUGGCCCAGCGUCGUCACCUGCCUCAGCAACUGGUUUGGAAAAGGAAGGCGUGGUUUGGUGAUGGGGGUCUGGAAUUCUCACACCUCAGUGGGCAACAUUUUGGGGUCCUUGAUUGCUGGCUACUGGGUGUCCACGUGCUGGGGCCUGUCCUUCAUCGUGCCCGGGGCCAUCGUGGCAGCCAUGGGGAUCGUGUGCUUCCUCUUUCUCAUCGAAGAUCCAAAGGACAUUGCCUGCUCUUCCUCCCUGGUCACGCACCCGAAAGCCUAUGAGAACGGCGUGCACAGGCUUAGGCUGCAGAAGCACGGCUUCCCCGACGAGAAGAAGCUUCUGGACCCGGAGAUGCAGUGCUUGCUGCUGGCAGACGGAAAGCGCGCGGUGCCUCAGAGCCACGUGGUCACGGUCCCGGCCGACGGCGCGAGCGGCGCGGCCAUCAGCUUCACCGGGGCCCUGAAAAUCCCCGGUGUGGUCGAGUUCUCCCUGUGUCUGCUCUUUGCAAAGCUGGUCAGCUACACUUUCCUCUUCUGGCUUCCUCUCUACAUCACAAACGUUGAUCACCUGGACGCCAAGAAGGCGGGGGAGCUGUCCACCUUGUUUGACGUGGGCGGGAUCUUCGGUGGGAUCCUGGCCGGGGUGGUCUCAGACCGACUGGAGAAGAGGGCCUCCACCUGCGGGCUGAUGCUCCUGCUCGCAGCCCCCACGCUCUACGUCUUCUCCACCAUCAGCAGGAUGGGCCUGGAAGCCACCGUAGCCAUGCUGCUGCUCUGUGGGGCCCUGGUCAGCGGGCCAUACGCGCUGAUCACCACCGCCGUCUCCGCCGACCUGGGCACUCAUAAAAGUCUGAAGGGAAACUCCCACGCCCUGGCCACUGUGACCGCCAUCAUCGACGGAACUGGAUCUGUAGGAGCGGCCCUGGGCCCUCUGCUGGCCGGGCUCAUCUCCCCGUCGGGCUGGAACAACGUGUUCUACAUGCUGAUGUUUGCGGACGCCUGUGCCUUACUGUUCCUGAUCCGCCUCAUACACAAGGAGCUGAGCUGCCCAGGGUCAGCGGCGGGGGAUCAAGUUCCGUUUAAGGAACACUGACCACUCAGUCCCGCAGAGGGAGGCCGGGCCUGUCCUUCAAACUGUCUUUCAAGGAGGAGGUCCAGGAAAGGAUCCUGUGUUGGAAAGAAUGACUUCCCUCGCCUUGUGCACACGCCCCCGGAACAGACAAGGCGCCGUGAGAACCGGCACUACUCUGGACAGCCGAGGGGCGGCGAGGGGGAACGCCGUCGCCGUGGCUCGGGCACGGGCUCCUGCGGGUGUGAGGCACUGGUGCCCUCCGUGUAGAAUGCUAGAACGGGGCGAGGCCUCUCGGGGGACUCCCACGACACCAGGACGGGCCGCGUGGAAGACAGUUGGGUACAGCGGCGCAGGGGAGAAGACGCCAGCAAAGAGCCCCGCUCCCAAAGCACAGGAACCUGGCGCGGGUCAGAAACCGUGAAGCCAGGCUCCUAGCACCUCCUCCUCUGGGCCCCCCUGAAAACCACUGUGACACGUGAGCAGCCAUGAAGCCGCCCCAGCCUGUGGGUCCGAGGCGCUGGGAACGCCAGCCCCAGGGCUCCCCGGAGAUUCCUGUCACCCCAGCCCCAAGGGCCCCAAUGCUGCUGGUCCCUGCAGGGCCUGGGAAGGCCGGGCAGAGGCCUGGAGGGGCCUGGCCGCGGAGGGGUUCCCAGCGCGGAAGGUGUUCACUCCCUGCAGGCCAGGCCCCUGGAACUGAGCGCCGGGGCGGGCUUAUUUAUUUCGGUGUGUCCUGCAUCCAGAAGCCUAGCAGCGCAGGCGCGUGUGUUAUUUAUUCAGACAGACUGCUUGUUUGGAGGCCGCUGUUCUCUGGGCUGUUGCCUAGCAAAAUCCU